CUUGCAGGUGCUCACUUCCGGUGUGACGUUCACAGGUUUACGAUGACAGAUUCUAGCUCUGUUAUUAUGGAGGAAACAGAUGUUCCACUGAAUUUCGGUGAAGAGGAUGAACUUGAUCGACGAAAAAAGUUGAAGCACCCAGUGGCAGUGUUUUUCCACAUGAUAUUCCGUGGCAGUGCCAUCGUUGCAUACCUGCUUUGUGGACUGUUCAGUAGCAGUUUCAUAACAAACUUUGUGGUCAUUGUCAUUCUCCUCUCAAUGGACUUCUGGACAGUGAAAAACAUUACAGGCAGACUCCUAGUUGGGCUAAGAUGGUGGAAUUAUGUUGACGAUGAGGGGAAAAGUCACUGGAUAUAUGAAUCUCGGAAGGACAAAGGUGGAAGCAAGGUGUCUGCAGUGGAGUCCAGACUCUUCUGGUUGUCUCUAGUUAUCAGCGAAGUCAUCUGGAUGAUCCUUUUCUUUGGCACAAUAUUCACAUUUAAUCUCAAAUGGAUCAUGGUUGUGAUAGUGGGGAUCAUCAUGAAUGGUGCAAACCUUUAUGGAUACAUUAGAUGUAAACUUGGAGCCAAGAAGAAGCUUUCAUCUGUGGCAUCCAACUUCCUUGGUGCUCAACUGUUUAGAUCUAUGUUAUCCUCAGCCACAAAGCCUGCAGAGACAUCAGCAGAACAAAAAUGAAGCUUUGAAUAAGAGACUAUAGUGGAAAUCUGAGUUUUAUCAUGGUCAGUCAUGAUACGCUGGCAAUGGGCAACAAGUGUUUGAUAAAUCAUGUAGUGGACAUACUCUGAAAUCCAAAUUGGUAAUGACGUCUGAAGAAAUCUUGAUCAAACUCAAUUUGAUUAUGCUAUAAAUAUCUAUUCAUGUUUGCUGACAUUCAAAACGAACUCAAAAGAAAUCAAAGAGCAGCCCGAUAUUUCCGAUUAUUAUAGUUAAUCUGUCAUGGCAGGACAUGGCUAUAGUCACAUGACAAAGGUUCUUUGACUUCUUCAGAGAAGUACAUAUACUGCAGUAUUUUUUGUUGGGAUAUUUGUUAUAUUUAUGAGUUGGUAAAUUGUUAAUAUAUAUCCAGGAUGGUUGGUGUAAUGCCACACUCAGCAAUGUUCCAGCUAUAUGGCGGCAGUCGGUAAACAAUUGAGUCUGGACCAGGAACAUGGCUGUACGUAAGAGACUAGUGAUCAUGACAAAGUGGACAUUAAAUUAUGAUAGAACAAAUGUUGCAGCAGUGGCAAGUGAAGUGUGAUUGCGUGUCAGGUUGUAGACUCCAGUACUAUGGACCACUGCUAUAGUUUCCUUUGUUGAAGGGGCGGUGGGGUAGCCUAAUGGUUAAAGCGUUGGCUCGUCACGCCGAAGACCCGGGUUCGAAUCCCAACAUGGGCACAAUGUGUGAAGCCCAUUUCUGGUGUCCCCGCCGUGAUGUUUCUGGAAUAUUGCUAAAAGCGGCGUAAAACCAAACUCAGUCACUCAGUCCUUUGUUGAAAGUGUAGGUGUAUUGCUGUGUACAGGUGUACUGAAAACAAAGAGAUAACCUUGACAAGUGGAUGUCAAAAAAGAACUAAAUAAGUUCAUUGGGAUUAACUUGACCAAAUGUGGGUAUAAAUCAGUUAUACCCACAUCUCCUGGGCAGAUAUAUCAUUGUCAGUACAGUUUGGGUUGACCAGCAUUGUAGGGAUUAUGACAAAUACUCCUGGGGAAGUGUUGUUAUUACUGUUACAUAUCCAUGACAGUUCUAACAGUUCUGGGUAGGUCUGGUUCUCUGUAUACGCAGGACCACAUCUUUUUUUAGCUGUUCUUAGCUUGACUUUCAGCAUGUGGGGGUAUUCUGUUGAGCAUCAUUGGUUGUACAUGUUGUAAAUAUGUCAUGACAUCUGUAAAUAGAGGACAUUCCAGCUUGCAUAAUCUUGUCCAUACUGUUUCACUUUCAAGUACUGCUUGAUUCUGUACAUUGGGAACUAAUUUAUAAUGCUUUUGCAUUCAUUAAAGAGUAAUACAAUGUCA